CGCUUGGAGCUACCCGCCGGGGGCCGGAAUCCCACACCCGCUCCUUCUGCGGGUCGCGUACGUCCCCUGCCUACCGACACCUCGCUUGCACAUGCGUGCGCAGCCUGGCUGGUUUGCCUGUAGUCUUGUUUGGCCCCUGCUGCGCGCCGUCGAGGGCUCCGUGCGUUGCCAUAGAAACUCGUGAGCGCUGAGGGGCGAGUGACGGAGACUCCGGGCUAGUGGGGAUCAGAGCGCCAUGUCUUUCCGCGACCUCCGCAAUUUUACAGAGAUGAUGAGAGCCUUGGGAUACCCUCGACAUAUUUCUAUGGAAAAUUUCCGUACACCAAAUUUUGGACUUGUAUCCGAAGUUCUUCUCUGGCUUGUGAAAAGGUAUGAACCUCAAACUGACAUCCCUUCUGAUGUUGAGACGGAACAAGACCGAGUUUUCUUCAUUAAAGCAGUUGCUCAGUUCUUGGCCACUAAGGCACAUAUAAAACUCAAUACUAAGAAGCUUUAUCAAGCAGAUGGGUAUGCAGUGAAAGAACUAUUGAAGAUCACUUCUGUCCUUUAUAAUGCUAUGAAGACCAAAGGGAUGGAGGGUUCUAAAAUAGGAGAGGACGAUAUCAGCAAAUUCAAGUUUGAUCUUGGCUCAAAGAUUGCAGAUUUGAAAGCAGCCAGGCAGCUUGCUUCUGAAAUCACCUCCAAAGGAGCAUCUCUGUAUGACUUGCUGGGCAAGGAGGUAGAGUUGAGGGAACUGAGAACAGAAGCAAUUGCCAGACCUCUGGAAAUCAAUGAGACUGAAAAAGUGAUGAGAAUUGCAAUAAAAGAUAUUUUGGCACAGGUUCAGAAGACUAAAGACCUACUCAAUAACGUGGCGUCUGACGAAGCUAAUUUAGAAGCCAAAAUUGAAAAGAGGAAAUUAGAACUGGAAAGAAACCGGAAACGACUCCAGACUCUGCAGAGUGUCAGGCCAGCCUUUAUGGAUGAAUAUGAGAAGAUUGAGGAAGAAUUGCAAAAGCAAUAUGACAUUUAUCUAGAGAAAUUUAGAAAUCUAGCUUAUCUGGAACAACAACUCGAGGAUCAUCAUAGGAUGGAGCAGGAGAGGUUUGAGGAAGCUGAAAAUACUCUCCGUCUGAUGCAGAACAAGCUGAAGGAAGAAGAAAAGCGAUUGCUUAAGAGUGGAAGUAAUGAUGACUCAGACAUUGACAUCCAGGAGGAUGAUGAAUCUGACAGUGAGCUGGAAGAGAGACGGCUGUCCAAGCCAAGGACAGCCAUGGAGGUGCUCAUGCAAGGAAGACCUACUAAACGCAUCGUGGGUACAAUGCAAGGUGGAGACUCCGAUGACGAUGAAGACUCAGAGGACAGUGAAAUUGACAUGGAAGACGAUGAAGAAGACGAUGAUGAUUUGGAAGAUGAGAGCAUUUCUCUCUCACCAGCUAAGUCCAGUCGAAGGGUCCGAAAACCUGAGCCCCUAGAUGAGAGUGACAAUGAUUUCUGACCUUCUUGCCAUGGGACCUAGGCAGAUUAAAACCCUCAGAUUUGUAGGUAAACUUAGAAGGUUAGGAAGGAAACGUAUUUUGUUCACUAAGCCACCUAGACUCAUUGUUAAUAAUGUAGUACCUGCUUUUGCUUUAGCCUCCUAUGUUGCUCCAUGAAGCUUAAAUGAGAACCAGAGCAAACCCCUAAGAUGAUUUCUUUGCCUUAUUUAUCUCUUGAAACUUGGAAAUACAUGUUUUCUUAGUGAUUCACAUCUAUAGGACAAAAACUCAAGGAGAAAUAAGUUUCUGUGUAAGUUUUGGCUAUUGUUGUCACAUGUUUCCUCUAAGAUUCAGAGGGACAGACCUCUGAAUACAAGGACUCAUUUUCGUAAUCAUAGGUGAGUGUCUAACUUUUAAUCACUUGUAUAAUUUACAAACUUUUAAUUCUAGCCUUUAUUUCAUUUUAUAGUCUUACUUUCUCCUGCAUGUUUACAACACCAAGCUUGAAUUGUAUUUUACUAAAAUUUUCUGAAUGAAAUUUUGCUAACUUUCUUUGAAAAUCAAGCAACAGAGAGAUGCUCCAGAUUAUAAGUACUUCAUUUUCUAUCAGAAGGCUGACAUUUCUUCUUAGGAAAGCAAAUUAAGGAAAAAGCAUUAAUACAGAUUCAUGUUCAACCAGAAUUGAAUUAGGUAGAGUAACACUAGAAUUUCCUUGUUGUGAAAUGAGAAAUGACAGAUAUGUGGCAUUGUUUUGUUUUUUUAAUAUGGAAAGCACAUAACAGUUUUCAUUUUUCAAUUACAAAGUCAGAAGACUUCUGAAGUUAUCUCUUAAUAAAUGUAUUUAAUACCUUUUUAUAUUAUUAAAUAAGUUUUUCUUGAAAAUACAA